AUGGCUGUCGACGAGCUUGUCAACCCGGCCUCCGGCUCCGUCCGCACAUCACACCCCGUCCAAGGGCUCCCCCGCGUCGUGCGCCACAUCACCGGCCAUAACGCCGAGGGCAAGUCCAUCUUCCUGUCCACCGACGUGGGCGACCACCACCGCGACCUGGGCGACAAGUCGGCCAUCUCCAACAUUGUCUACUCGACCAACCAGGUUCCCGUGGAGCUCAACGGCGACGUGGACGUCAAGUACGCCCGCGAAAACGAGCCCGGCAUCACCGUCAAGGGCGGCUCCGUCUGCCGCAUGAUCGACUUCGGCCCCGGCGCCGUCUCGCCCAUGCACCGCGUCAACAGCAUCGACUACGCAAUCGUGCUCGAGGGCGUCUUCAAGAUGAUCCUCGACUCGGGCGAGGAGCGCAUCAUGCAGCGCGGCGACAUCGCCAUCCAGCGCGCCACCGCCCACCGCUGGAUCAACGUCACCGGCAACGGCCUGCUGGCCGCCCGCAUGCUCUUCGUCCUGCUCGACGUCAACGACGUCCACGUCGCCGGCGACAAGGUCGAGGGCUACCUCGGCGAGCUGGGCAAGGACUACGCCGGGCUCCCCGGCCACGAGAAGGCCGAGAACGACAAGGUCGAGGUCCAGGUCUCCGAGAAGCAGCCCGUCGUGCCUGUGGCCGUUGAGCUGAAUGGGACAUCUGGUGAUUACUACGAUAGCGAAUUCUAG